CUAGAAACAUGGGGGAUAUAUGAGAGCCAAGAUAAAGGUGUAGAAACAUGGGGGAUAUGUGAGAGCCAAGAUAAAGGUCUAGAAACAUGGGGAUAUGUGAGAGCCAAGAUAAAGGUGUAGAAACAUGGGGGAUAUGUGAGAGCCAAGAUAAAGGUCUAGAAACAUGGGGGAUAUGUGAGAGCCAAGAUAAAGGUCUAGAAACAUGGGGGAUAUGUGAGAGCCAAGAUAAAGGUCUAGAAACAUGGGGGAUAUAUGAGAGCCAAUAUUAAGGUCUAGAAACAUGGGAGAUAUAUGAGAGCCAAGAUAAAGGUCUAGAAACAU